ACUGCUGAGGAAUUCUGGGAGCAUAAUAUAACUUCUCGACGCCGUCCGGACGUACACGAGUUUCUUGCGCGAGCCUGACGUCACAUUUGAAACAAAUGAGAAUCGUAAUACUUGUAUUGGGUUUCGUUUUACGCACUUGAUAUGUAAAAGUAUUUUAAAAUUUUUAUUUAUUGGUCUAAGUGUUUAAUAGGUAUUAAAAUCUAUUGUUUCUAAUAGUUAUUAACCAUUAUUAAUUUCGAAAAGACGCUCAUCUGUUUCCUUCUGAGGGAAAUUUUGUGAGUGGUUGGUACAAAUUCAGUCGCCAUUGGCCUUUUUAGUACGUAAAUAAAUACGAAUGAUAAUAUAUGCAAUUUAUAAAAUCUCGUAUUAUUUGAAUGGGAUGUAAAUUUUACAGUAAUCAAUGACAAAAGUAACUUAACGAUUGUUAUUUUUACACUUCAGAGCUCAUUAAUUUUCUGAUUAUUAUGGCAAGUCGCAUAGUCGCUGCAGCUACUGUAAAAGCUGUGAAAAUGAGAAGACCGAUUCCUUCGCGGGCAGCACUUGUUUUGACACCAUCGGCUGUGAACAAGGUCAAACAAAUCCUCGCCAACAAGGAAGAUUGUAUCGGUUUAAAAGUUGGUGUUCGUCAAAGAGGUUGUAAUGGUUUGAGUUACACUUUAGACUAUGCUUUUGAAAAAGGCAAGUUGGAUGAAGAGGUUAUUCAAGAUGGAGUGCGGGUUAUCAUAGACAAGAAGGCGCAACUGACGCUGCUGGGGACAGAAAUGGACUACGUGGAGGACGCUUUGUCCGCGGAGUUUGUGUUCAACAACCCGAACAUCAAAGGAACGUGCGGCUGUGGGGAGAGUUUCUCUGUGUAGCCUUCGGUCUGCUGCGAUUCCGAAACUGUGGGAGCUGUGAACGUAUGGUAGCGCGUGGAUGUAGUUCAGCACGAGAGCUGGGGUCCAGACACGGAAUCAGAGGCAGGCGUACCCCCGUAGAUGUCAGUAGUGCGUUGAGUUAGGAUAGCCAGGAAGUUGAGUUCACGCUUUUCGCUAAACUCUAGUCAUUUUCACGUUCAUAGCAAAGGAAUCGUAUCUAAGCAUUAAAAUUUUUAUUACUGUUGAUAUUACUGUUAAUGUUACUGUUGACUAAAUUAUAAAAUGUAUGGUUCUUUAUUCUAGCUGGUAAGUGUUUCUGUCAGAAGACUGUGAAAAUAAAUUAUUUUUACAAAUCUAGUUGUAAGGGUGGAAGUGAAGUAAAGUGGGAUGAGUAAAAGGUUUAAGUUUGAUUAACUUAUUUAAGAGAUAUGACCCUCAAUCUGACACCCACUGAUCCAUUUGUGAUGUUAUUGUGAUGUGUUCUAUACUUUCUUGAAUUCCUCUGCUGUUAAUGUAUGAAUAUAUGUACCUAUGUAUUCAUUAUGUUUGCUCCUUGGGCGGUGUACAAAAAGUAAGAUGGUUUGAGUUUGAGUUGUCAGGCAGCAUUCUUUUUAUAUUGGUAUUGGCACACAAUGGUUGUGAUUGUAGCUUUUUACUUCUCAACAUUUAUUGAGCUACUGUAUUAAAGUCCUUCUAAUCAAACUAUCUACCUCCUCUAAACAACAUUGUAUCUUUUAUAAGCUACUUAAAAAUUUACCAGAUAAGUUAAUCUCAUGUUAGUUUAUUUUGUUACUAAUUUUACAUUUUAAACCCAUAUUAGAUAAAAUCUUUACAACUAGUUUUCUCUUGUAUCAGAUGUGGAACCAACUUGAAUUUUGAAUCUAAACAUGCCCUUGCUUACUGGUCUGUGAAAAUCCUUCAGGAAAUCAUUGGUGGGUGCCUACAUUGCUAGCAAGUCAUGAUCUGAAAUGUGACCCAGUGUAAUCAGGUGUGCUGAUGGUGACAAAAAUAACCUGUUACGUACUUCAUUUCAAAUUUUGUUUUUGGUUUAGUAGGCUUUGCUGAUUUGUGACCUUGAAACAUUUUACUGUCUUGCUUAAAUACUUGGGCCUUAUGUCUAGUUGCACGCAGACGUAGUUGCAAAGCUACGUGGUUUGCCAGAAUUUAGCUCAUCAUUGAAUUUGUUAUGAACCUAGUUCGUAUUCUACGGUGUUGCACGUUGCUACUGGCAUUUCUAAAUAUCUCGGUUGAGGAGAUGUGCAUUUCACAACUGUGUGGUUCAAUUGCGAAUGUGUAUGGUUGUUUGAUCUAGCUUAUGGCUCUGUGUGUGUAUACAGCAAAAUAUUAUGAGAUUAAAAUGUAAAUAUGCAUAUAUUGUGAGUUGGUUUUUGUAGCAUAGGCUAAUAAAAAAUGAAUAAUUUGUGGUUUGUAA